AACGUCUUUCAUAGCAGGACCUCAAGGAUGAAGUUUGCCGUCCAGAUCCUGUGUGUCCUGGUCUUCGUGUGUAUCGUGCAGUACACGAGGUCACAGUCCUUGUAUCAGAUGCUUAGAUCAUCGCGAACAGCGGACCGUUGCCUUGGUGGCAGGAUUUGCUACUGGGCGCUGUGCGAUUGGCGGGAGAACCCCGUAGUCGAUCCAUACCAUUGUAAAUUCGGCAAUACAACGUGUAUUUGUCCGAGCGGAACCAGUUGUGAGCGCGUGGAUGUUGACCGCGGUGAGGAAGCAUAUUACAACAUUUACCUGUACAGGUGUUUCCCGACGUAA